CCUAUUUCCUUUGAUUCCUCAACCCUAUGAGCAAUGGUUCAGAGUAAGCUCAUGUUUAGGCUAAAAAAUUCUGAUUUAGAUCGUUGACGACGAGGAGAAACUGAAAAUUACUCUCAAUGUCGGUAAUUACAAACCUGAUGAACUGAAAGUCGAUCUUGAUGGAAGAGUUCUGACUGUGGAAGGAAAACAAGAAAUCAAAGAUAAGGAUGGAUAUUCUCUGAGAAUGUGGGAACUCCCAGCGAACGUUAACCUAGACGCUAUUAAAUCGAGCAUGGCAAAUGAUGGUCGCUUAACAAUCGUGGCCGCGAAAAUCAGCAAGCCCAUCGGUACAGCGAAAAGAAUCCCUAUCCAGAAAGCUUUUUCUACGUCUGAUUGA